UGCGACCCCCAAAAGACUGCCGACAGCGGAGCGCGCGUCCGAUCCCGACGUGCCACGGGUCCCGGCGCUCCCCGUCACCGGCGCUCCGGGUCGGACCGCAUCAGCGACGACGCCGCACGCCCUGACCGCCGCUCGACUGCGCGACCACGACGACACGUACAGCGAAGACAGCGUGAGAGGGAUAGAGAGAGAGACACGCACGGCCACGUGGCAGCCUGGACCACGUGGCAGCCUGGACCACGUGGCAGCCUGGACCACGUGGCAGCCUGGACCACGUGGCAGCCUGGACCACGUGGUAGCCUGGACCACGUGGCAGCCUGGACCACGUGGCGGCCUGGACCACGUGGCAGCCUGGACCACGUGGCAGCCUGGACCACGUGGCAGCCUGGACCACGUGGCAGCCUGGACCACGUGGCAGCCUGGACCACGUGGCAGCCUGGACCACGUGGCAGCCUGGACCACGUGGCAGCCUGGACCCCGCUCCCGCGUGGCCUCACCCUCCGUUCGUUCCAGAUCUGACCACGUGUUGUUCGUCUCCACCCCUUUUAAUACCCGGGUCACGUGGUACCUUUCCACCAAUCCUGGUUAGCCUCUAUGGAAUCUUCCAGACUCCAUCGUAGGCUCCCGGGACCACGCCCCUGACUCGUCUCCCCAUUGGCUGUGGCCAAAGCCAGCAGAACCAAUCAUCUACAAACAGCUGUCACCAUGACGUCAGGGCCACGCCCCUGACUCGUCUCCCCAUUGGCUGUGGCCAAAGCCAGCAGAACCAAUCAUCUACUUGCAGCUGUCACCUUCCCAUUACGUCAGGGCCACGCCCCUAGGCUUCCCUCCGUUGGCUAUGGGCCAGGACCGGCAGAGCCAAUCAUCGCAACGAGGUUUGAUCCAUCAGCAACCCGGAUAUGUCCUCACAUUACACACGUACAGUUGCCACCGAACCAUUUGUCGUGUUUCUCUUCCAACGCAGCCCAGGAGCUUCUCGCCAAUUGGCUGAGCAGCAAACUCAAGCUGGAGCUGGAAGACGAUUGGCCGGAUGAAGCAGAGGCUCAUGGGAACGCAACGGAGCACUCUUACGUCCCGUUCGGUCGCGCGACGGGAUGCGGGACAACCGAGGGCCGAGCUCCCAAAAGCUUUGACGAGUACUUCGAGCAAGUGGGAGCGGGACUGGAGGAUGAUGCGGUGGGUGCGCUGGUGAAGGGGAUGCUGGAAAAGGAGGUGGUUCAGGCCAGCUUCCUCGCCGAUUUGGGCCUUCAGGGCAACGGCGCGUGCAGGCCACGUGACCCACGCCUCACCAUGGACCUCCGACAUCAGAAGGUGCGGGAGGCCGCUGAUCGACGGGCGGCCGAGAGCCGCCGACGACGGGCUGAGGCCUCUGACCGUGCCGCAGCGGACGCCGAGGCACGGAGGGUCCUGGCGCGCGAAGACCGCGAGCGGACGCUCGGGUCGGAGCGCGAGGAGGCCGAGAUUCGCAGGGAAGCGGCGCGGCUACGCUCCGCACUCCGGCAGCGGCAGCAGGAGGAGCGGCAGCAGGAGCGGCGGCAGCAGCAGCAGCAGGAGCAGCGGAGGGUCGAGCAGGAGCCGAGGUCGAACCGCAGCGGCAGCACCGGCUGCGGCACCGGCGACGCCGACGGAAGGGAGCGGCGGGAGCGGAGGCGAGCAUCCGGCGCGCGCGACACGACGGAGGAUCGGUCGCGGGGGGUCCUGGAGCGAGCGGCCCGCGACCGAGAGCGGCUGCGUGGGCAGAGGGAGCUGCAGGCCCGGCUCCACGCCGAGAGGCUUAAGUGCCUGUCUCGCUGCUUCUCGGGCUGGUACCGUCUGGCACUGGAGCGCCGUCUGGCGCUGGGCAAGGCGCUGGCGCUGGCCGACUGGCGCCGCCGCCUGCGGGCGUUCGGGGCGUGGAGGUCUCGCGCGAUGGCGCGGAGGGUGCGUAGGGAGACGCUGUGCGCUCGCAGCGACCUCCGGGAGCAGCACAGGAAAACUCUUGCGGCCGAGGAAAGCCACCGUCUCCGCUCGCUGCGUACCCGCCUGUCCGCCUGGCGCCAGUGGGCCCGCCGCGAGAGGGAAAGCCGCGAGCUGGCCCGCCAGCGGGACGAGACGCGCCGCAAGAUGAAGGCGCUGCUGCGGGCGGCCGCUGCCGGGACGCUGGCGCGGCACGAGGGUCGGGCGGCUCCAGAGGGACCGGCGGAGACGCGAACUCAGAUGAUGACGGACGACCGGGAAACAUCCGCCAACGGAGCGUUUGCUCCCUCCACCACCUCCUCCUCCUCCCCGCCGCCUCCGCCGCCCCGAUCCGUCAACCAAAGUGGCGCAUCAAUCGAGCCCUCGCCGCGCGCUCCCGACGGCGCCCAUCAAUCGGCGCGAGCCCGUCGCGUCUCCCCGCCAGCGACGACGGGGGACCUCUCCGUAAGGGGGGGGCCGUCGAUGAGGGGCGACGCCGGUCGGGUCGGAGGUCGAACGGCCGGAGGUCGAUCGGCCGACCGACCCCCGGGGGUCGCGAGGCGGACGCCCCCCGGAGUUGUGUCGCUCAACGGGGACGGGGACGGAGAGGUCGCGCGGCGGCAACAGCAGCAGCAGCAGGAGCAGCAGCAGGAGAAGCAGCAGCAGCAGCGGCAGCAGCAUCAGCGGCAGCAGGAGCAGCAGCAGCAGCGGCAGCAGCAGCAGCAGGAGCAUCAGCGGCAGAAUCAGCAUCAACAGCAGCAGCAUCAGCAGCAGCAGCAGCAGCAGGAGCAGCAGCGGCGGCAGCAGCAGCAGGAGCAUCAGCGGCAACAGCAGCAGCAGCGGCAGCAGCAGCAGCAGGAGCAGCAGCAGCAGCGAUGUCCGCUUUCGUCCAAGGGCAGCAGCAGCAGGGCCGUCGAAUCCGAAGAGCUGCCUGCCAAGUGGCACCCUCCGCCCGCAGCCCACCGGGUGGUUCAAGCCAUGGAGGAGCGCGCCGCGUCGCGAGCAAGUCGCAAGAAGGAGCUGGAGGAGAGGAGGAAGCAGAGGGAGGACGAGCGCCUGAUGCAAAUGCGGGCGCUGGAAGAGGAGAAACAGCGGAGAGAGGAGUCUGAGAGACGGGCAGAGGCGGAGAGACGGAAGGAGGAGAGGCGAUUGCAGAAGCUGAGGGCGGAGGAGCAGGCCCGCCGGACGGAGCGCAGGAGCCGCUUGGAGGAGGCCGCCGACGGCCACCGCCGCCGCCGCCUGCUGCUGCGGUUCGGCCUGCGCCCGCUGGCGCUGCUGGUGCGGCACGCGCAUGACAGCCGGCGGGCGGCGGAGCUGCACCACCGGCUCUCGGCGCUGCGCGCCUGCGUCCUGGCGUGGAGCGGAGCGGCUCGCGACGCCGUCCGGGAGAGGGAGCGCCGGGCGGCGAGCCUCCGCUCACGUCGCUUGCAGAGGAGGGCGCUCGCCGCCUGGACGAAGUACGUGGACAGCGUGAGGCAUGCGGAGGAGGAGGCUUCCGGGACGCACCGCAGGAAACUCGCGGGGAGGGCCUUCCGUGCCUGGCGUGGCGUAGCCACGCAGGAGAGGCUGGCGCUGUGGGAGAAGGAGGAGGAAGCCAUCGAGCACGCCAACAGGCGGCGCUUGAGCCGGGCGCUCGCUGCUUGGCGGCGUCUCCCGGCGUUGGCGCGUCAAGAGAGGGAGCGAGAGACGCGGCUGGCGGAGAUGCGGAAAAAGGUGGCACAGCUGCUGCCAGACUUCCACUCGUAGUGACGGCGCUUCUCUGAAGCUAGUAGUAGGUUUGUACCCUUGAAACUGGUACAAAAACUGACACCUUUAUCCAAGGCAUCAUGUUUGCAAUAGCCACAACACAAGCAGUCAAAAUGCA